CCGGACUCGCUGCCGCAACGCCCACGAAUGCCGGCGCGAGACGUCUCACACUCACGAUAUAGCGAGCGUGGGCAGUGCAUUGACUGGCGAGCCCCACUGAUGCCCGCUAGGUCCCGACUACCACCUGACCACUCCCGCUACUCCCUGUGCGCCAUUGCUAUCAUGGCUGGUCUGCUCGAUUUUUAGCUUUUUGCCUCACUGCGGAGCUUGCAACCGACAAUUUGGCCAUUAUUUUAGUCCAUUGUGUGUUUGAUAAAGGGCCUGCCUGCAACAUUGUCGGGGCCACAAGACCAGCAGACACGGAGGUUGGUUUGCGCGCAAGCCACUUCAUCCAGCGAUACUUUUUCCUGACCGCCAUCCCGACUUGUUGAUCAAGUACCACCCCGCGACGCCGUCGAACGUUGCACGACACCCUCCCGGCGAGCAGUGCAUCUGUUGAAAUUGCUGGUAAUUGCACAUCAUGGGCAUUGGAGAAACCAUUACCGUUAUCAAUCGGUCGGGGAAGGUCGUGAGCAGCAGCAAACACCUCGUCAAUGUGUUCAAGGAGGCCAAAUCGGCCUACCGUGAGCGCAAGGCGGAAAUCCACGCUGAGCGCAAUGCUGCUCAUCAGGAGAAGAAGCUCCGAGACGGGGUGAAGUCGCUCCGGAUCGAAGACGACAUCCGGUCGCGGACAUCGUCCCGCCAUUCGAAGACCCCCCACCGCUCCAGGUCCCACCAUCGCCAUCCCAAGCCGUCUAUUGAGCGCGGGUACUCCGACAGCUUCUACGCCAACGACGGCAGCCCUCGGCACAGUCCUACACACCGCCGAUUCGAUCAGGAUCUCGCUGGAGACGCACGGGACGGAUAUAGAAGGGAGCUUACAAGAAGAUAUACUGACAUGCCGGUGGAAGAAUACAUGCUCAGGGAAACAAGUUCGCGUUCGGAGUCGCACAUAGAUAUGGAUCUGGCAUAUGGAGAGCUACCACCGCCUCUGCCUGUCCGGAAAUACGAUGAUAGUGAACUCCAGGCGAAGGCAUCGAAGCUUACUAUGCUCCUAGAAGAGGCCAACUGCUUGCAGUACUCCGUCACAACCAUCAUCGAAAAUCUCCAAAAAAAUCCGGAAGCUCUUGCCGCAGUGGCGCUGACACUAGCCGAGAUUAGCAAUAUCGCUGGAAAGAUGGGUCCCGGAAUCUUGGCCGGGUUGAAGGGAAGCUUUCCUGCUGUGGUGGCUCUGCUUGCUAGUCCGCAGUUCAUGAUUGCUGCUGGCGUAGGUGUGGGAGUCACAAUCGUCGCUCUCGGCGGAUAUAAGAUUAUCAAGAAGAUACAAGCACAGAAGGAGGAUGAGGAGCGGGUCAUGGAGGCACCAUACGAAAUGGACGAGCUCCAGUCUCAAGAGCUUAGCCGCAUUGAAAUAUGGCGGCGAGGUAUCGCAGAUGCUGAAGCGGACAGCGCUGGCACCUCCGUCGACGGCGAAUUCAUCACUCCUGGUGCGUCACAGCACUUGGUUGCUGCAGGUGUUCUUGACGAAGAGGAGUUGAAGUCCCGACGCAACUCUAGGAUAAAAGACGAGGGAGAACGUCGCCCAAAGUCCCACCGAGCCAAGUCCGUCAAAAGUUCCAAGUCCACCGCGUCUCGUAGCAAGACCGCCAAGGAGAGCAGCAAAAAGAAGAAGAAAGAACCAUCGGGUCUCAAGAUGCUUUUCCGUUCUCAUACGCAUUCAUAAGGCUACAUAUGUUGUUUUGUCAUAGCGAUUCGGCGUUUCGCAUUUUGCCUCUUCACAUACCAUCUAGACCAGCACGGUUCGGUGCCGAUGUCGGCGUUUUCACUUUUUGAACUUUUAGCGCUUCUGGAGCACCCUGAUCUCGAUUCAUUGGUUGCUUAUCUCCAUAUAUAAGUUUAUCUCAAGAUGAGAGCUUCUCAUCGAGCCGUCGAAAACCGGCUAGGUAAUACGUUUGAACUAGUAAUGAUUAUCCCUCUCUACUACUCUACUACUCUCUAUUGGUUGUGUCUUUAUCACAAGUUUUUAAUGUAUUUAUCUAUGUAAGUUUUUGGAAUCGUUUAAAAGAAGGGCCAUGCAGACUGUGUCCCUCACUAAGCUAGCCUUAGUAGAUACGAGAUAUGAAAG